GCUCCUUUAAAUACAUGUUGGGUGGGAUUGGCUAGCUAGUCCAGUCACAAAAUGAUCGAUGUUGAAAAAAACCUUUGAUUUAGCACUGCCCUCUUCAGGUCAACAUAGUUCUUGAGCCUGAGCUUCAGAGAAAAUGAGUGAAUCACUGGUAGUUUGUGAUGUGGAUGGAGAGUUGGUAAAGAAACUUCGAGAGUUCCGUUUCCGGAAGGAAACCAAUAAUGCUGCUAUAAUCAUGAAAAUUGACAAAGACAAGCAGCUUGUAAUCCUGGAUGAAGAACAUGAGGAUAUUUCCCCGGACGAUCUGAAGGAUGAGCUGCCUGAGAGACAACCUAGAUUUGUGGUGUAUAGCUACAAGUACCAACAUGACGAUGGUCGUGUGUCUUAUCCUCUCUGCUUCAUCUUCUCCAGUCCAGUGGGAUGCAAACCUGAGCAGCAGAUGAUGUAUGCUGGGAGCAAAAACAAACUGGUCCAAACGGUGGAACUGACCAAGGUUUUUGAGAUCAGAAACACAGAGGAUCUCACCGAGGAGUGGCUUAGAGAGAAACUUGGGUUCUUUCGCUAAAAGCAUCUGAUUCAAUGAACUGAGAUGUCAAAAGGAUAAUCAGGACAACCCAGUGUGUUGUCACAUGAGGAAAAAACACUAACUAAUUUCCCAUCCUCUUUUUACCUCUCACAUAAUCUUUCCCAACGUGCCAGUUCUGUGUGUCUGUUUCUUAGUUACACUCCCACAUACAACAGGGGAGACAUCACCUGAAAGGGUGUGUUCUCCUCUAGUUAUGUUGAAUUUGGGUGCAAUUAAAUGGCAUUAAUAUCGUUUUUUUUCUUUCUAUUAUAGUUUACAAAGAGUGAAUAUGGAACUAAAACCACUUUUUGUUUUUAGAAAACUUUUUUUUUUGUAGCUGAUCAUGAAAGUGGUGGAAAAAAGGUUCUUGUUCAUUUGAUGAACACGUAAUUGUAGUUUUUUUUUAUCAAGUCAGAAAGAUAUGACCUAAUAUAGUGUAUGCAUUACUCUGGCACCUAAUUAGAUUAUGUCCUUGUCACAUUCUACCUUUCUGGAAAAACAACAUCCGAGGCACACAUGCAUUCUCUUUUUUAAAUUACAUUUUGUUAACUAAAUUCAGUUUCUUUUCACUUCAUUUGUUUGGGUGUCUUUCACUCUAAGCACUCCUAAAAGUAAUCCCCUGUAUCUGCCGUCCUUGUUAGGCUCGAGUGGGAGUUUCAUAUCUCUAGUCAUCACUGUUUUGAGGACAAGCUGUGCAAGAAAGAACCACACAUGAUGUGUUAUAUGACUGACCUGUGGGAUAUACAGAGCACAACACGUUCCAAAACAUAUUUUUAACUGAAACAUUCCUGCACUUGAGUAUUUAUGAAAAUGUUUACUUGAGACUAGAAAACAACCUUUUUGUAAUCGUGAAGGGUCCAGGAUACACUGCAUACUGGGUGGCAUUAGUUGCCAGCUAUCUACUGGACCAUCCUAAAUAACACUACUGUUUCUGUUGAUAGAUUAUCAUCAACUGUUGAUGAGCAUUUACAGUUUUACUGUAAGUUUGUAAUGAAAGUUGUUAACCUUCAGUCAGGUUAAUGUAUUGCUGUGGUCCAGACCUCAAAGUUCCAGGUUGUAUCGUUACAGGGCAGCAUGCAUUUCUAAGUUAUUGUAAUACCUUCCUUAAAUGUCAAUGCUGCUGACAGGCAAAGUUUGCUGUCAUCAUUUUCUAAUUUGGGAGAAAAUAAAUGUUGUUUUUCUAUUCAACAACAAUGAAUUUUAAAUAUGCCAAGAGUUGCUGAGUGUAAUGAAGCUUUGAAGCACACCCACAGUGGGAAGAAAUAGUUAUGGAAGCCAAAGCAGAAUUUUCUUGCCCGUCAAAACUGAGACAUUGUGCAUGUUCAGGUUUCUUGUAUACCUGUGUCUUAUGUCACUCAAAACCAUACUCUUACAAUGAUUUAUGCCUUGUCAAACAGCUUGGUCAUAAUUUAUGUUUGUACUGAAUUUCAGACCAAAAUGAACUGAGGAUAUACAAAACAAAAUAGAAUAAUGACAUUCGACCACAUAUUUCCCUCUGGUGAAUACAUGAUCAUUGUAAUUAUUUUAGUUAUUUACUAAUGUCAACAUGAAAUGACCUUAACAUUUUGAUCAGAAACUGCCUUGAUGUUAAAUCGUUGAACUUCAUCAGUGUAUAAGCUGUACAAGAUUGCUUUUACUCUGAAACUGUGCAAUUAACUGGUAGUAUUUUUAUAAACUGCUCAGAAAAUGUUGCGGGUAACUGUGAAAUACAAGUGCAUGCUUUUUGUGUCAAAGUUUGAAUUAUGACAGAAAACUCCCCCAGGUUCAGAUUUCUUGUGCAUGUUCUCUGUUUAAAGCGAAUGUAUCUUGACUUUAAAUUUUACUUACUUUGAAUUCUUAUCAAUGCAAGCAAUAAUCAAAACAAGUUUGCAUGUUGCUUCUUCAGUAGGGGGGAGAAUACUAGCAAUACAGACACAUAUAUUGCAUAGGAUUUAUGUAAAUCUUUCUCACUGUACUUUUCAAAGGUUGUGAUGUUCACUCAGUCCUCUAAAAAAGCUCAGCAAAAUCUUAAUGGAUAAUAUUUGAUAGAAUUAUUGAUUGUUUCAUUUGGCAUGAUAAACCAUUUUAGAAACAGUCAUUUUUAUGGGUCUACAUAUGCUUUAGGCAAAUUAACUGAAAAAGUACAUAUGAAUGACAACCAUUUGUGGUUUUUAAUCGUGUAUAAUGGUGUCCUGUGUCUUAUCUGCAUUAAUGAUAAAAACCUUCUCUCCUCUGUGGUGAACUUGUAAUAUUUGGCCUCUGAAGUCUUUUAAAUAUUCUUAAUAUAUGUAUUUUCCUACAGUAUUUCUGUACUGUAUCAGAUCAAAAGGCUUAUUCUUUUUGUUUAAAUAUAAAACAGCAUCUGAAACGUGACAUACCUAGCUGCCUACGGGUGUAAAACCUGUGGACCUUUGUAUUUUUCCAUGCUUUAUACAAUGUCUUAAUUGCCAUUAUCCCAAUAAAAUGACAAUGAUGUUCA